UCUAAAUGCCUAAUAAUUUUGCGAGAACUACUGGUAAUAAUGGAUGUAUGUAUGUGUUGUUUGGUUGUAGGAUAUUCAAGAGGUGGGAGGCAGCAGCAGCCUAAUACAAUUGUGUUGAAAGGUGUUCCAUCUCGCUGGUUUGCUGAGCCAAGAGUUUCGUCUAGGCCUUCAAUGUCGGUCACUCACAUGAUUUUUUCUACAUUUAGGAAGAUAAGAUUUUUGGCAUUGAAGAACCUUGCCACUGGUUUUCUUCAACAAGGUCCUGCCCAUUAUGAUAGUGCUCUACGCUGCUAUCUUCAAGUUGUAGAGAUUGACACCAAGGAUUCUGUUGUUUGGAACCAGCUAUGAACAUUAUCAUGCUCAAUGGGCUUACUGAGUACCUCGCGAUGGGCAUUUGAACAGGGACUCUUUUGUAGCCCCAACAACUGUAAGCAUUUUAUUUAUUUAUUUUUGGAUUUUGGUUUCUCAUAAACAACCAACUUUAUCCUAUUAGAAGUUCUGGACAUUAUGUUCUUUUUUUCUAGACAUGGAGAAGCUCUUGGAAGUAUUGAUUGCUAUUGGUGAUGAGGUUGCGUUGCGUGUCUUUCUGUCAGUUAGUUAAUUUGGAGGCAUUGGCCAUCACAUUCUCGAGCUUUGCAUGUCAAAAAUACCGUUGAAGAGUCGGAACCAAUCCCGUUUUCUCCAAGAGGUAUAGAAAAACUGAAACCAAAACAUGUUCGUCUUAAGUUCUUGGACAAGAGAAAAAGAACAGAUGAUAAUCUAGAUGAGGAUGUUGCACCUAAAAAGUUGAACCAGAAUGUAGAAUUGCAACUUGCAGAAGCUUCCUGGACAGGCCUUGUUGAUGUACUAUUGGGAAUCUUACAUCCCUUGAGUGGAUGCAGUUUUGAACAGGGGUCUGACAAAUAGUUUAGGAAUACGAAUAAACACACUACACAUUAGCUCUGUUCUUUUUCAGAUACUCUUUGGUUGAUGUAGGGUUAACAAUUGAUAUAUGAAUAAGUUUAGGAAUACAAAAAUCGAUCACAAAAUCGAACACAAUAUAUGUGAAUGGACAAGUUUUUUCACAAACCAACUUUUUAAAUUCUUGUCUAUUUAUAUGUAUUAUGUGUUUAUUUUUGUCUAUAACACAGGACCAAGUCCAGAAACACAGAAACCAAUCACAAAAUUUUAUAUAAGAUUUUUUAAAAGUGGGCUCUCCCAACACUUAAAAAUCUUAUCCAUAUGUAUUUUGUAUUUGGUUUCUGUGUUGAUAACAGAACUGAAUAAAGAGAAAAAGAUGAGAGAGAAUUAGAAUGACUAAGACUUACCAUAG